GCGGAGAUAGGGAGAGGGCCUUCUAGGGACCCGGGAGAUCGAAGCGGCUUCGCGCCCUUAACCUUGCUGGACGGCCCACUACCUUCUCCGUUGCCCUGAUGGGGAAACUGAGGCCCUGAGCCAGAGGCACACGCAGGGGAAGGCCGAAAGCGCGGCCAGAGGCGCAGGGAAAACAAAGAAUUCCGACAGCCAGGGAGGGGGGUGGACACACAGACACAGGGACAGACCCGAGUGCAGAGCUGAGUCUAGCCUUUGGGCCGGGAGAGGGCCAGAAGACCGCGAGGGGACUGGGGAGGCGAGGACGACUGAGCGGGGGAGGGGGCUGGGGAAGCCCGCAGGAGGCGGCAGAGGAGGGAGGAACUUCCCAAAGUUGCCAAACAUGGCUACCUCGCCUGCCGAGCCGAGCACGGGGCCGGCAGCCGCGGGGGAGGCAGCGGCUGCGACCGAGGAAGAGGAGGAGGAAGCGCGCCAGCUUCUGCAGACUCUGCAGGAGGCCGAGGGGGAGGCGGCGGCGGCCGGGGCGGGCGAGGCGGCGGCGGCAGAUUCCGGGUCCCCGGGUGCCCCGGCGUCUCCCUCCGAGACCGCGGCCGAGGAGCCCACGGGCCUCCGCUUCUCGCCCGAGCAGGUGGCGUGUGUGUGCGAGGCGCUGCUGCAGGCUGGCCACGCCGGCCGCUUGAGCCGCUUCCUGGGCGCGCUGCCCCCGGCCGAGCGCCUACGUGGCAGCGAUCCGGUGCUGCGCGCGCGGGCCCUAGUGGCCUUUCAGCGGGGUGAAUACGCCGAGCUCUACCGGCUCCUAGAGAGCCGCCCUUUCCCCGCCGCCCACCACGCCUUCCUGCAGGACCUCUACCUGCGCGCGCGCUACCACGAGGCCGAGCGGGCCCGAGGCCGUGCCCUGGGCGCGGUGGACAAGUACCGGCUGCGCAAGAAGUUCCCUCUGCCCAAGACCAUCUGGGACGGCGAGGAGACCGUCUACUGCUUCAAGGAGCGCUCGCGCGCGGCGCUCAAGGCCUGCUACCGCGGCAACCGCUAUCCCACGCCAGACGAGAAGCGCCGCCUGGCCACGCUCACCGGCCUCUCGCUCACACAGGUCAGCAACUGGUUCAAGAACCGGCGACAGCGCGACCGAACUGGGACCGGCGGCGGAGCGCCCUGCAAAAGUGAGUCCGAUGGGAACCCCACUACUGAGGAUGAGUCCGAGUCCAGCCGAAGUCCGGAGGACCUGGAGAGGAGUGUGGCCCCCGUAGCUGCUGAGGCCCCCACCCAGAAUUCUAUCUUUCUAGCGGGGGCCACCCCUCCUGCGACGUGCCCCGCCUCCUCCUCUAUCCUAGUGAAUGGCAGUUUCCUGGCAGCCAGCAGCCCCCCAGCAGUGCUCCUCAAUGGCAGCCCAGUCAUCAUCAAUAGCUUGGCUCUAGGAGAGGCUUCCAGCCUGGGGCCACUGCUGCUCACAGGAGGCGGGGGCGCGCCACCACCACAACCCAGCCCCCAGGGAGCCAAUGAGGCCAAGACUUCCCUUGUCCUGGACCCUCAGACAGGAGAGGUUAGAUUGGAAGAGGCUUCGUCUGAGGCUCCUGAGACCAAAGGGGUUCAGGGAGCUGUUCCUGGGACAGCUGGCGAGGAAGUCCCAGGGACCCUGCCCCAAGUAGUCCCUGGUCCCCCACCCACCUCCACCUUCUCUCUGACCCCAGGAGCUGUGUCCUCAGUGGCUGCUCCGCAGGUUGUACCACUCUCCCCCUCUUCUGGGUACCCAACAGGCCUAAGCCCCACCUCCCCACUGCUGAACUUGCCUCAGGUGGUACCCACUUCCCAGGUGGUGACCCUGCCUCAGGCUGUGGGGCCACUCCAGCUGUUGGCAGCUGGGCCAGGCAGCCCUGUGAAGGUGGCAGCUCCAGCGGGGCCUGGUAAUGUGCACCUGAUAAACUCUGGUGUGGGAGUGACUGCACUGCAACUUCCCUCAGCCGCCACCCCAGGAAACUUCCUCCUGGCCAACCCUGUGUCUGGCAGCCCUAUUGUCACUGGGGUAGCUGUGCAACAGGGCAAGAUCAUCCUUACUGCUACCUUUCCCACCAGCAUGCUCGUUUCCCAAGUCCUGCCACCUGCCCCCAGCCUAGCCCUGCCCCUGAAGCAAGAGCCAGCCAUCACAGUGCCUGAAGGAGCCCUCCCAGUGACCCCCAGCCCCACCCUCCCUGAGGGUCACACUCUGGGGCCAAUCUCUACUCAGCCACUGCCACCUGCUCCUGCUGUCACCUCUGCCACCAGCCUGCCUUUCUCCCCGGACUCCUCUGGCCUGCUGCCUAGCUUCCCAGCACCCCUGCCUGAGGGUCUGAUGUUGUCACCUGCAGCUGUGCCAGUCUGGCCAGCAGGGCUGGAACUGAGCACAGGGGUGGAGGGGCUGGGGACACAGGCCACCCACACUGUGCUGAGAUUGCCAGACCCUGACUCCCAGGGGCUGCUCCUGGGGACCACAGCAGGGACUGAGGUUGAUGAGGGGCCAGAAGCUGAGGCCAAGGUCCUGACCCAGUUGCAGUCAGUGCCUGUGGAGGAGCCCUUGGAACUGUGAUUGCUUGGACUUUUCACCUCUCCUGACAAUGGUGCUCAAGGUGCUAGGACAGAAGGAGGAACCCUCAGUAAAGUGGCUGCAGUCUGAAGGUCCCACACUACAACCCUCCACGCUGGACGAGCUGCAAGCCCUGGAGAAGCCAGAGGAACCACCCCAGUCAGGGCACUGUCCCUUGCCUGAUGGGAAGUCUUUUGUUACAGCCCUCUUUGCAUGGGGCUCUAGGGGUCCUGACUAGGGCUUUGUCCUCUACUUGGUACUAGUUGAGGAAGGCCCUGCUAAGUGGCUGGUUUCCAGCCAGCACCCUCACCAUAACACUAUUAAUAGGCCCACGGAUACCUAGUGCUCCCAGAACUGCCUGAAUCCCAGGGAUGGGAGACCAGGGUGUGACCCAGAGAGCCCUUCUGCUGAGGAGGGUCUGAUGGGUGCAUGGGACCCUUCCCCUACUUCCCUUGACUUGAGCCCCAGGAUCCAGUCCCAGACCAAAGAUUUCCCCCUGCCCACUCGGGCAACCCUGGCCUCUUUGUCUAGUUUGUAUCGUAAAUCUUUAUUUUUCUAGGACAUGUUAUGCCUCCAUUUCAAUUAAAGUCAAGUUAACAGACAACAGAGCCAUUGGGGUAAGGGUCACCUGCCAAACAACCAGCCCAAGAAAGAACUAGACAACACGAAGCCUGAGGUUGUGGCUUGCU